GGCUAAGUCCACCGAAGGCUUCAUUGCAAAGGCUUCAUCUCUGCACAUCACGCUGAAUCAAAUUGUGGCUUAGUCCAUAGAAGGUUUCAUCGUAGAGGCUCAAUCCACAAAAGGCUUCAUCGCAAAGGCUUCAUCUCUGCACAUCACUCUAAAUCAAAUUGUGGCUCAGUCCACAUAAGGAUUCAUCGCAAAGGUUUAAUCCAUAGAAGGCUUCAUCGCAAAGGCUUUAUCUCUGCACAUCACUCCUAAUCAAAUCGUAGCUCAGUCCAUAGAAGGCUUCAUCGCAUAGGCUUCAUCUCUCUGCACAUCACUUUGAAUCAAAUCGUGGCUCAGUCCAUAGAAGGCUUCAUCGCAGAGGCUUCAUCGUUUUCAUCAUCGUAGAUGUUUCAUUCCACAGAAGCAAGUUUGGAACUUCGGACAAUGGCGGGCUAUACAUUCUGUUUUCAAAAGGAACUCACACCAACAGACAUUUCAAGAAAUCUAGAAAUACCAGAGUGGGCACUUGACUUGCCUCCUGGAAAUGAGAGUAUGCAUGUAGUGGACCCAAAUGCAGACAUCACCUGGGAAUUUAUAUGCUCAACAAGGAGCAGCGGUCGACGCUCGAUGACGCACCAGUGGAUUGAUUUUGCAAAGAAGAAGGAACUUAGGCCAGGUGACGUACUCCGAUUCUAUCGGUGGACGAAUGGAGAUGGGUAUUUCAUGGUGCUUGAACGCCAUAGCAUCCGACUCUUUGGUGUGACCAUAUACUUAUCAAAGCAGGUAGUUUCCUCGGUUUUCGACUUUCUGUGA